GUAACCAACUUUCUGAGUUUUGGUUUUGGAUUCUCGACUUGAACUUCGACACUCUACCUGACGUGUGUGAGACAGAAGCUCGACUCUCGAUUCUCGACUCGCUACUACAUGUUGUAUGCCACGCUGGUCUCUCGACUGGCUACUCGGACCGUCUACUCGGAUGUGUGUGUGUGUGUGUGUGUGUGUGUGAGUGCGAGAGAGAGAGAGAGAGAGAGAGAGAGAGAGAGAGAGGACUCUAUUGGCUACGCUACUAACACACCCACACUCGUCGCACACACACACACCCAUACACACACACACACACUCAUCACAAACGCACGGGCGUACAUUUUCGACAGCAGUUCGUGCGGUUCAUGCGGAUUUGUGGGCGCGAAGCUCUUGCUGGAGGUUUGGGCUCUUUAUCGUGAAGGUCGAAGACGCUGAGGGUUGGACUGUUCAUUGCGUCGAGUCUUAAAGACGACCGGGCCACCAUAAAUAAGGCCCGCAGCGGAGUGAAGCUUGUCAGGGCCGGAUCGAUGAGCACGCAUGCCUGGGGCCCGUCGUUGUAUGCUUCAUUGGACAGCAGUGAAUGCUUAUGCGCGUUGAACAGGAUGUGCAGGAAAUUCUCUAAGUGCUUGGCAAGGUCGUCAGGAGAGGGGAGGGCAGGUGAUGGUUAACACGAUGUGGUAAGGCAGGGGCGCCAGCACUUCCCAUGUGGUGUGCCUCUGCUGCCAUGUGUGUAGGUAGUCUUUCUGACUGAGGGGGGUCCCUAUAACCGACUAUGGCAUUGCGGCACUGGAGAGUUGCUGCUGCUGUCGCGGCUCGGGAAGGAGAUGUAAAGGCACUGCUGUGGCAUGUUGGUGAGGUGAGGUGACGUCAUUCACUCUGUCGUCUGUGCAUCCUCCGUCGUCGGGAUCAGUGGGCAUUGCUCACAAUCCCACCUUGCUGCGCUGAGUCACAAGCUGGCACCAGAUAGAAGCAUCAGGUGAGAUCUGAACUUCUGGGUUGAAGAAGUGAUGUGAGCAAGCACAUAUAGUCGAUGGGACAGAGCACCGUUAUAUACACCUGCAUUGAUCCCACCAUCCGGAAGGAAAGAAGAGCAGGGAAGAAAGUUGAUUUACUGCAGAUGAAAGAUUGACUCAUCUGAAAGUCAAACAGUGUCGUCCGUGGCCAUUGACUGGGGCAGAAGACAGGAGGGAAGAUGACGAAACAUAGCUUAAGAGAGCUAAGGCCUCCGAAGACCAAGAUGGAUGGUUAUUCGGAAACAGGGGGAAGUGAUGAGGAAGGGGCUCUUCCUUCCUCCCCGACUGACAUGAAUCUGAAGAAUUCUGUGUCUCGUCCAAAGUAUGGAGUCUCUACUUUUGAAACCUCCUCCUCCAAGCACUGGCGCAUUCAGGGGAUGUUGCUGGUCUGUGCAGGUUACUUCCUAUUCAUGAUCUUUCAGGCAUCAGAUCCAGAGAUAUGGCAUGCUAUCUUGUACAAGACAUUCGUGUAUUACAAUCCUCUUGUCGUUAGUGUCAUUGUGUUGUGGCUAUGGGGAAUCAACUUGUAUGUGUUUGCCAACUCCAGAGUGAGCUAUUCCAAAAUCUUUGAGUUUGAUCACGGCCACCUGACACACGGAGACAUUUGGCAGAUCGCCGGGUGGCUGUCGACACUUCUAGCGGUGUGUGCAGCCUGCUGCAUGUAUUUGUUAUUUAUCGGUUAUGGAGAUCUGGCUGCUCUGCAGACAAUGAUAUCUUACGCAACAAUACCUUUUGCACUUGCAUUUCCAAUCGACACUUUUCAUUUAAGCUCAAGACAUUUCUUCUUGAGGACAUUAAUUCGCAUUUGUCUUCCGUUCCAGGCAAUCAGCUUUCCAGAUUUCUUUAUUGCUGAUGUUAUGACAUCAAUGGCACGAGUUUUCUCGGAAAUGGAUAGGGCUUUUUGCUGGAUGACGACGUCGGCUAUAAGGGACAAAGUGAAUCCUGACGAGGAUGCUGUUCAGCUGUGCAGUGAUCAGACGAGAUUGAUACCGUUCUUCAUUCUCGCUCUGCCAUACGCUUGCCGUUUUUUUCAGUGCAUUCGUCAGUACACUGACACCGGGGACAGGUCCUGCCUUUUCAAUGCUCUGAAGUAUGCAACCUCCUUUCCCGUCAUUUUUCUGUCUGCAAUGAAGUACCAUGCAUCGCCUACUUAUUGGCACAUAUUUGAGGUUGCCUGGGUCAUGAGUAGCAUCUUCAAUUCGUCCUAUUCUUUCUAUUGGGAUGUCGCAAGAGAUUGGGAGUUCGGGUGCAUCUCUGGAAGAAGUCCGUUGCUUCGCCGCAACCUGUACUAUUCUGUUAGAUGGACGUACUACUGGGUCAUCUUGUCCGAUCUGGUGUUGCGCGGAACAUGGACAUAUAAGCUCUCCGCUCAUUUGGGAGACUAUCACUUCAUCGGACACUUGGGUGGAAAGGAAUUGAUGAAAUUCGUGGUCGCACUGCUGGAGGUAUUCCGGCGGUGGCAGUGGAUUUUCUUCAGAGUCGAAUGUGAAUGGUGUAGAAUAAAUAAUAAGCUUGGAGGAGGAAAUGGCAGUGCGAAGGAGUUAAAGGAUAUUUCGGAGUCGUCUCCUCUUAUUUCUACCGCCAAGGAUUAAUGGCAGAUCCUAUCUAGCCUAAUCUACAAUGCUGCCGAUGACGUCAACAGCUCCCCGAAGUACGAGCAGAUCUCAGCCAAUGCCGUUCGCCUCAAGCACCAGAUGGCAGCAGCAGCACCAGGUGGACGUUCUCAAGAGGGUGCCCUCAUGGCCAUGAUUGCGGAUGAGGAUACGAUAACCGGGUUUUUGCUGGCGGGAGUUGGGCACAAGGAUUUUCGUAGGAAGACAAAUUUCCUCAUUGUCGAUUCCAAGACGUCAACGAGGACGAUCGAGGAUACCUUUAAGGAGUUCACAUCUCGGGAAGACAUCGCCAUUGUCUUGAUCAGCCAGUUUGUGGCUAAUAUGAUUCGCUUCGUUAUUGAUAGCUACCGGAAGCCCGUCCCGGCAAUCCUGGAAAUUCCGAGCAAGGAGCACCCCUACGGCCCGUCUCAAGAUUCUAUCCUGUCGCGCGUGAAGCAUCUUUUCCAAGCAGACACUGGCAGUGCUGUCCGCUUCUAAGCCACGGGGAUUUAAGUCGCGACAUUCCUUCUUUCUAACCUGGCGACAAAGUCGACAGGUGUUUUUGUUUUGCGGCUUUCCCUUUCUCGCACUGUGUUGCUAAGAGAGAGGAGCUCCCAGGGCUUGUGCGGACUUUUGUGUGCAUGUUGGUUGUGUGCAUACACCUGCACCAAGGAUAGAGGAGGUAGAAGACCCGAAAAGGGGUGGGGGUGGGAGGAGGGAGAAUAUAGUGGAGUGCAGGGCAGGGUUGUCCGAACUCUGUAGCUUUGGAGAUUCAUUCUUCAUUUCUUUCUGCGAACGUUGUUUUACCGAC